UCUGAGCAAUUCCAAAUGCCUUCCAGCUUUUGUAUAUCCCGUUUACGAGUAUUCACGAAAACAGACGAACUUCUGGAGCCAUGUUAUAACAUUUCUCCAUUGUCGAAAUUCCACAUGGAUGAAAGCAGAAUACAGAGACAUCUGUCUGACAGUUCCUUUUGUGAUACCAGUUUUGACCAAUCCAGUAUUAUGGAUGGUGAUUUAAAGAUUGAAGCAAGUCCAAAUGGAAGCCAACGGUUUCCUUUCUCUCACAACAAUAGUUCAGGUUCCAUUGCACCUGGAUGUGUCUCAUCUGCAUCUUCUGCAUACAACACAGAUGAUGAAGAUAGUGACAGCCGUACUACUAUGAUGAGUUAUAAAGAUCGCAGACGAGAAGCUCACACACAAGCUGAACAGAAACGCAGAGAUGCUAUCAAAAAAGGUUACGAUGACUUACAGACGAUAGUGCCAAAAUGCCAACAACCUGACAGUUUGGGAUCUCAGAAACUUAGCAAGGCAUCAGUUUUGCAAAAAUCCAUAGAAUAUAUUAGCUUCUUGGUGGAUCAGAAAUCUAAACAGGAGCUGGCUCUUGAUACUCUCAGAAAAGAAGUUAUGGCUUUGAAGAUUAUGAAAGCCAACUAUGAACAAAUUUUGAAAUCUCACCAAAACACACCUCUUGCUGGACAAAAUCAGGUUUCUGACGAAGUCAAAUUUCAAGUAUUCAAGCAGAUUAUGGACUCCUUAUUCCAGUCUUUUGUAUCAGCAGUGUCAGUUAGCAACUUUACUGAACUUUCAACAUGUGUGAUAAGUUGGUUAGAAGCAUAUUGCAAACCUAAGAUUUUGAAAGGACUUGUGGUUGGUGUUUUACAGCAGGUUUCUAAUCAACCAAAUAUCAACCAGUAAACACUUUCUUUGUGUGAAUAAGAAGGCUGAAAACUAUUUUCUCUGCUUUGUAGCUGAGCCCAGAUUGAAUUAUGAAAACUUAUUAAUACUGGUUAAUGGGCCAUUGCUGUUUUAAUUUCAUCUUCCAUAUCCUGUCUUAAUGAUUUUACUUCUGAAAGAACAGUUUCUAAGUAUUGAAUUACAGCAGUGACUUUUAAUGACUGCAGUGUUAUUCAAACAUUUUGCAAUAACCAUUAUAGGUGCUGCAUUUUGCUCACAAAUUUAAACUGACCAAACAAUUUUUUUUGUCAUGUUUCUGAAUAUAGAUAUUUUAUAUUUAAAUUUUAUUAAAAUCUAUAAAUUAUA